AUCCACCAUCUUCACAACCACCAAAAAUAGAGAGAGAAAGAGAGAAAGAGAGAAAAAAAAAAAAUCGAAAAGAAAUGGACGCCAUCGAUUCAGUAUUCGAUCCAUUGAGAGAGUUCUCUAAGGACAGCGUUCGCCUCGUCAAGCGCUGCCACAAGCCCGAUCGCAAAGAGUUCACGAAGGUGGCUUUCCGUACAGCGAUAGGAUUCGUAGUGAUGGGAUUCGUAGGUUUCUUUGUGAAACUCAUAUUUAUUCCCAUCAACAACAUCAUUGUUGGAUCCGUUUAGGUGGAGUGAAACAUUUUGUUGACAUUGCAGGAUAGCAUGGAUGGAUCCAGGCUUGAUCGCAAAAUCCAGAGAUAGAUGGCAAUGUGGUGAAAUGGAAUGUUAGCACUGUUGAUGUUGCUUUUUGCUGUAUCUUGGUCUUAAAACUGUAGGAUUGAGGAUAUUGUAUGAAACUUUUGUUCCUUUUAUCAAGUAGCUUUUUUGGAUUUACAA